AUGACGCGCGCGGAGGCCGAGUGGCAAGCGCUUGUCCCAAACUGCGGAUGCGCGUCCCCGCGCGCAUGUGUUCGUUUUGCAGAGCCAGCCUUCGGGGAGGUGAACCAGCUGGGAGGAGUAUUCGUGAACGGGAGGCCGCUGCCCAACGCCAUCCGGCUUCGCAUAGUGGAGCUGGCCCAACUGGGCAUCCGACCGUGUGACAUCAGCCGCCAGCUACGGGUCUCGCACGGCUGCGUCAGCAAGAUCCUGGCGCGCUACAAUGAGACAGGCUCGAUCUUGCCAGGAGCCAUUGGGGGCAGCAAGCCUCGGGUCACCACCCCCACUGUGGUGAAGCACAUCCGGACCUACAAGCAGAGGGACCCCGGCAUCUUCGCCUGGGAGAUACGGGACCGCCUACUGGCGGACGGCGUGUGUGACAAGUACAACGUGCCCUCGGUGAGCUCUAUCAGCCGCAUCCUGCGCAACAAGAUCGGCAACUUGGCCCAACAGGGCCAUUACGACUCAUACAAGCAGCACCAGCCAGCGCCGCAGCCGGCGCUGCCCUAUAACCACAUCUACUCGUACCCCAGCCCCAUCACGGCGGCCGCGGCUAAGGUGCCCACGCCGCCCGGCGUGCCCGCCAUCCCCGGCUCAGUGGCCAUGCCGCGCACCUGGCCCUCCUCCCACUCCGUCACCGACAUCCUGGGCAUUCGUUCCAUCACCGACCAAGGAGUGAGCGACAGCUCGCCCUACCACAGCCCCAAGGUGGAGGAGUGGAGCAGCCUGGGCCGCAGCAACUUCCCCGCCGCCGCCCCGCACGCGGUGAACGGGCUGGAGAAGGGGGCCUUGGAGCAGGAAGCCAAGUACGCGCAGGCACCAAAUGGUCUCCCAGCUGUAAGCAGUUUUGUGUCAGCAUCCACAAUGGCUCCUUAUCCUACCCCAGCCCAAGUGUCGCCUUACAUGACCUACAGCGCUGCUCCUUCUGGUUAUGUUGCUGGACACGGGUGGCAACAUGCCAGUGGCACCCCACUUUCCCCCCACAACUGUGACAUUCCCGCGUCGCUGGCGUUCAAGGGAAUGCAGGCAGCCCGAGAAGGUAGCCACUCUGUCACGGCUUCCGCACUCUGAUGGGAGAUUCCGUCUGCCGCAGCUUCACCCGAGUCCCCCCCCCUCUCGGCACACCCUCCCCUUCUUCCCUGGUCUCGGAUCCCACCCCUCUGCCCUCCAACCCUCCUGCCUCGAAAGCUGGCUUUACGGACUCACAUCCUCUGUGCUGAUGACACUUAAAUCUCUUACCAUAACUUCUCUCUCACAGAACACCUGACAUGACUGUAGGAGUUAAAAACAAAAGCAAUGUUAAGGACUGAAUGAGACGUUUGUGUUGGCCACACACUGUUUUAACGUAGUGAAGAAACCUGCACCCCUCAAAGGGCUUA